CAAUGACAGAUGGGUAUGGAUUGGAAUGAAUAAGAGGAGUCCAGAUUCUUUGGGGACCUGGCAAUGGAGUGAUGAUAAACCUGUAACUAGUGUUGUUAUGCCACUUGAUUAUCUGGAAGAUGAGUAUGACACAAGAGACUGUGCUGCACUAAAGACCUCUCAGUUUUCCCGGAGAUCAUUUUGGAGGUUUUAUUUCCAUGAAGGCAGAGACCUGGAAUUUUACUUCAAGCCUUUUGAUUGUGAAGCUAAACUUGAAUGGGUCUGCCAGAUUACAAAAGGUAGCACUCCAAAGACACCCGAGUGGUAUAUACCAGAUGAAAUUGGAAUUCAUGGAGCCCCACUUGUUGUUGAUGGAGCAGAGCUGUGGUUUGUACCAGAUAAAAACCUGAGCUUCCAGGAAGCUAUUUUCUACUGUCAAAAAAAUGAUAGUGAUUUAGCCUCUGUGGAGUCUUACACAAAACUCAGGACAAUACUGUCUCAAAUAGAAAAGUUAUCAAACAGCGAACAGAAGUGGUGGCUGAAGUUCAUUGAUUAUGGCUACAGCUAUCAUUCACCUUUACAGUUGUUUUCACGCUUCCAUGAUCGAUUCCUGAGAGAUUGCUGGUAUGUUUCUAGAAAGAACUGGUAUAGAGACUACCCAGUUAACUGUAACAUGAAACUGCCCUUCAUCUGUGAAAAAAAUAAUGCCUCCUUACUAGAGAAACAUGAUCCCAGUUACCGCCCAGUCAGAGGAGGUUGCCCUAAAGGUUGGCGUCGUUUCCGGAAUAAGUGUUUUCUAAAGAUGAAACCUGAAUAUUUAACAUUUAAUGCAGCUAAUGAGAAGUGUGUAACUUUUGGAGGCUCUCUUCCAUCUAUCUCAAAUCAAGCUGAGCAAGAUUAUGUAACAUCCUUGCUUCCUGGUACGCCAAAAGAUAUUUGGAUUGGUUUGCAGUUUUUGUUCAGCACAAGGGAAAACAAAUGGAUAGAUGAGAGUAGACUGUUGUAUAGUAACUUUCACCCGCUCCUGACAGGAAGAUUAAGGAAAAUUCCACUGGACCUUUUUGAUGAAGAAUUUAACAAUCAGUGCGGUGUAAUCCUUAAUGAUCCGAAAUCACAGUAUGUUGGAACAUGGAAUUUCACUGCUUGUGCUGACAGGCACUUCUUGGGUAUAUGCCAGCGGCCUAUAGGUAAGUGAACUGCUGACAACCAGACAGAGCAAGUUCUUAAUGAAACAUUUAGCUAUCAAAAUGUUCAAUACAUGGUAAUUCCGAAGAAUUUGUCCUGGGAUGAUGCAAUGGCUGCAUGCAUAAAUAACAAGAUGCAGCUGGUUAGCAUCACAGAUCAGUUCCAGCAGGCUUUUCUUGCUGUUCAGGCUGCCCUUCGUAAUUAUCCACUGUGGAUUGGACUUUUCAGUAGAGAUGGUGGAAAACAUUAUGGCUGGCUGGACGGGAAACAUGUUAGUUUUAGUCGCUGGUCUGAAGAUGAUGAAGAAACAAGCGAAGAAUGUGUGUUUUUGGAUACUGAUGGCUUCUGGAAAACUUCUGACUGUUCCUCUGAAAAUCGAGGUGCUAUUUGCUAUGCAUCGGACAAGAAGACUGAAAAAGAACAAAUUACCCAAGUCAAGUGCCCACAUAAGAUUAAAAAUACACCCUGGAUAUCAUUUAGAAACAAUUGUUACACUUUUAUGAUAACAAAAAAUAGAUGGAGAGAACUGAAGUCUCAAGAAGCUCAUAAUUUAUGCAAGAAAAUGAACCCAGAAGCAUUUGUUCUGAGUGUUCGAGAUGAAGAAGAGAAUAACUUUGUUACUGAGCAGCUUCAUUCAUUCAGUGGUCUGGCUAUGUGGGUCUGGCUGGGUGUGAUCUAUGAUGACAGUGAUAAAGUUCUCAAGUGGUAUGAUGAAACUCAUCUGACUUACAAUAACUGGAGGCUGGGAAGACCUGACAUAAAGAAGAACAGUUUUUUUGCUGGUGUAAAUCUUGAUGGGUUUUGGGAUAUUUAUAAUUAUUCUCAAAGUUGGCAUGCUCAUCACUAUAAUGUGUACAGUAUUCUCGCCUGUAAAAUCGAAAGGGGACCUCAACAGCACAAGCCUCCAUUGCCUGAGUCUAUUCCACAUGGAAACAGAACAUACAGGAUCCUUCAGAAGAAGUUAACGUGGUAUGAGGCACUGAGAGAAUGCAAACAAAAUAGGAGUGAUUUAGCAAGCGUGCACAGUGAAUCACAGCAGUUAUUUCUAGAAGAUGUUGUGAAGCAGGAUGGCUAUCCUCUGUGGCUUGGGCUGUCAAUUCAUGAUGGAAGUAAAGCUAAUUUUGAAUGGUCGGAUGGAAGUGACUUUGACUACUAUCCUUGGGAAUUAGAAAACUCGAAUACUACAGAGAACUGUGUUCUGUUGGAUACUAAAGGGUCUUGGAACCGUACAAAAUGUACAAAUGUUGCUGAAGGUGCCAUUUGCUAUAGCCCUCCAAACAAGAGACAAUUACAGCCAAAGCAAGUGAGCAGAGCCCCAGGAUGCCCACAGAUUAGUGGUACCCUACAAUGGAUACAGUAUAAAGAUCAUUGUUAUGCAUUUGAUAUGGCGUUCUACAAUUUUUCAGUGUAUAAUGUGGAAGAUGCUAAGAAAGUCUGCCAGAAACUGAAUCCUUCAGCCACCCUUCUGACUAUAGUGGAUGCUGAAGAAAACAAAUUUGUGAGCACGCACAUAAAGGAAAAUGAUCUCAUUACCAAGAAUGUGUGGCUUGGCCUGGCUCAGAGCCCUAAGGAUCAGUCCCUGAACUGGCUUGAUGGCUCGUCAGUUAACUAUGUCAACUGGGAAAAUAAAACUGCAGAAGUCAAUGAAAAAUGCAGUGUUAUCCUGUCCACAACUGGCACGUGGUCCAAAGUUGACUGCAGUCAUAGUCAAAGCAGAGUGGUUUGUAAAGCUCCUUUAGGUUCUAAUCAUACCGGGGUGGCUGUAGCAUUUGCCUUGCUAAUUAUCUUAGUCUUCAUUGUCGGAUUAGUGUGGUAUCUCUAUAAAAAGAGGCAUCUUCACUGGAGUGCCUUCUCUUCAGUCCGCUACCAAAGAGGGAUGAAUGAUGAUGAAACUGAUGAUGUGUUCACAAAAGAUAGCAAUUGA